GUUGGAGCUGGUGUCGCUGUCAGUGCGCGGAGUCACACACAGUUUGCCCGCUUGGCGUUGUUGUCAAAGAACCCUCAUGAUUUGGAGGUUUUAAACUAAAUUGAUGGUUACCUACUAUAUGCUUAUCGCAUGGACUGAGAGCGACGAUGCGGAUGUGAAAGAGCGGAAGGUCCAGAAAAGAGGCUCUCUCUUCAACCCUGACAUCCACCCAACGUCUAACAUUGCCUGUUUCAAGUGUCACCGGAAAACUGUCAAAAGCUUGAGCCAUGCCCUGCGUCCAGGCUCAGUAUGGAUCAUCACCUCAAGGAGCCAGCCCCGCUUCCCAGAGCUACAGCUACCACACCGCAGGAGAGUACAGCUGCGACUUCCUAACGCCCGAGUUUGUUAAGUUUAGCAUGGACUUGACCAACACCGAGAUCACAGCCACCACUUCUUUGCCGAGCUUCAGCACCUUCAUGGACAACUAUAACACCAGCUACGACGUCAAGCCGCCUUGUCUAUAUCAGAUGCCGCACUCUGGAGAGCAGUCCUCCAUCAAGGUGGAGGACGUCCAGAUGCACAGCUACCACCAGCAGAGCCACCUGCCUCCCCAGUCGGAGGAGAUGAUCGCUCACUCUGGGCCUAUGUACUUCAAGCCGUCCUCACCUCACUCUCCAAGCACGCCGAACUUCCAGAUCCAGUCCAACCACAUGUGGGAGGACCCGGGCUCUCUGCACAGUUUCCACCAGAACUACGUUGCCGCCACGUCUCACAUGAUAGACCAGCGCAAGAACCCCAUGUCGAGGCUCUCGCUCUUUUCGUUUAAGCAGUCGCCGCCCGGUACCCCCGUGUCGAGUUGCCAGAUGAGGUUCGACGGGCCGUUGCACGUCUCCAUGAACCACGACGGCCCGGGUGUAGCGCACCGCGGCCUGGACGCACAGAGCUUUGCGGUGCCCAGUGCCAUCAGGAAGCAGGCCGGCCUGGCCUUCCCUCACUCCCUGCAGCUCGGACACGGGCACCAGCUGGUGGACAGUCAGGUGCCGUCUCCCCCUUCCCGGGGAUCGCCGUCAAACGAGGGUCUAUGCGCGGUAUGCGGGGACAACGCAGCCUGUCAGCACUAUGGAGUGAGGACAUGCGAGGGGUGCAAAGGAUUCUUUAAACGCACCGUUCAGAAGAAUGCAAAAUAUGUGUGUUUAGCGAAUAAAAACUGUCCUGUUGACAAACGCCGAAGAAACCGCUGCCAGUUCUGCCGCUUCCAGAAGUGCCUUGUCGUCGGAAUGGUGAGAGAAGUUGUCCGAACGGAUAACCUGAAAGGAAGGAGAGGACGCCUACCAUCCAAACCCAAAAGCCCCCAGGAGCCCUCCCCGCCUUCGCCACCGGUGAGCCUCAUAAGCGCGCUGGUUCGGGCCCAUGUGGACUCCAAUCCCUCCAUGUCUGCUCUGGAUUACUCAAGAUUCCAGGCGAACCCUGACUACCAGAUGACCGGCGACAACACUCAGCACAUCCAGCAGUUCUAUGACCUCCUGACGGGCUCCAUGGAGAUCAUUCGAGGCUGGGCGGAGAAGAUCCCGGGCUUCUCCGAGCUCCCGAAGCAGGAUCAGGAUCUUCUCUUUGAAUCCGCCUUCCUGGAACUCUUUGUCCUGCGGCUGGCGUACAGGUCCAAUCCGGUGGAAGGGAAACUUAUAUUUUGUAAUGGCGUGGUGUUGCACAGACUGCAGUGCGUCCGUGGGUUUGGCGAGUGGGUGGACGCCAUCGUGGAGUUUUCUUCCAACCUGCAGAGCAUGAACAUAGACAUUUCGGCUUUCUCCUGCAUCGCGGCUUUGGCCAUGGUGACAGAGCGACACGGUCUCAAGGAGCCCAAAAGAGUCGAAGAUCUCCAAAAUAAGAUCGUCAACUGCCUGAAGGAUCAAGUGACAUUCAAUGGCGGCGGUUUGAAUCGGCCCAACUACCUGUCAAAACUGUUGGGGAAGCUCCCCGAACUGCGCACACUGUGCACCCAAGGUCUGCAGCGUAUCUUUUACCUAAAGCUAGAGGACCUAGUCCCCCCGCCAGCAAUAAUUGACAAACUUUUCCUCGACACCCUACCUUUCUGAGGCAAAACCCUCAAAGAACUUCCACAAAAAGACUGUCCGAGACGAACUUAACAGAGGAUGUUUUUUUUCCUAAUUUUCUUUUGUAAAAUUCAUAAGCUAAUUGAACAACAGUUAAUGAGAAUUCACGAUAAAUAGAAAGAAUAAGCUGAAAUUUUAAUCGCUUAAUAGCUUUCCUUCUUUCUUUCUUUCUUUCUUUCUUUCUUUCUUUCUUUCUUUCUUUCUUU